GCCAAUCACUGAUCUGUUUUGGAAACACUUCAACACCACCUAAACUAAGCCUUCCAUUUGAACAGGAGGACAACAACAGUGGAAGGACAAAAAGUAGCUGUAGCACAAUGAUCGCAAGACUGGUUGCAAUGAUUGUUCUCAGUGUGGCACCUCUUACUCAUACUCUUGAGGCUUCCCACCAGAUCUCCUUAACUCUGGUAGAUGUCGGUGAUAAUGUUACAUUUGAUUGCAAUACCUCUGAUAAAGACCUUAAAUUUGUUUACUGGUAUAAACAGUCACUUGGAUAUAUGGUUGAAUCAGUGGCUAGUGUAGUUGUUGGUCAACCAAGAAUAAGUGAAAAAUUUAAAGGCUCUCGCUUUGCAGUGAGAGUGGAGGGGUCUCGUUAUAUUCUCACAAUCUCUGAUGUCAAGAAAGAGGAUGAAGCAACAUAUUUAUGCCACACUGGAACAUCAUAUUCACAGAAGUUCAUCUAUGCCACAUUCUUAGCUGUGACAGAUCAUAAACAUCAAAAGUCUCUCUACUUGGAACAACAUCCAGAUACUGAAUUGGUUCAGCAGGAAGAGACUGUAAUUCUUCAGUGUUCACUUCUCUCCAAAAACAAAGGAAAAGUCAGUUGCCAAACUAAACCCAGUGUGUUCUGGUUCAGAGAUGAAUCACAACAAUUCCAUCCAGGCAUCAUUUACACUCAGAGGAACAUCAGCGAUGAAGAUUUGGAAAGAAGUUGUUCCUACAGUUUAUAUGUCCGAGACUCAUCUGAUGCUGAAAUUUACUACAGUGCUCUGGUCACAUGUGGAUCCAUCCUUUUUGAUAAAAGACCCAAUGUGAAGGAAGGACAAGAAGUUAAUGGCCUUGUCAUUGCACUUGGGGGACUGCUGACCUGCUGUGUUAUUGUUGUCAUCCUGCUAAUUUUCUACAUUAAACAGCAAAAAAAAUAUGAACAAAGCAAAGGUCAAAUUGGUGGUUACAGUCUAGAAGAGGAUGACAAACCAGCAGGUGUUGAGUCAAGAAACUGGGAUGAUGAGGCAAAUUACGCACCAGUGCAAACCAGGACUAGGAGGGCUAAUGAGAAGAGAGAGCUGCCGCAAGAAUGUGUUUACUCUGAUGUCAGAUCACAUGAUCACCAAAAUCACCUUUCUUCAUUCUAAGUAUUACAUCACUCUUAUGUCUUGUUGAGAAAAUGUUCACAAGAUAAAUGUCACAGACAAAUCAUGAUUGUAUGAAUAGGUUCAAAAGUUAAUGUGUAACACAAGGGAUUUAACCUUUUGCUGUAGUUGGAUGUUUUUAAUUAAACACACAUUUUAUUUUUCCUAUUACCAUUGCUGCUUCUGUAUUUUGUAACUUUAAUUAAAACAAUAGCUGUUCUACAUUCUAUUAGAUCACACUAAGUAAUUUAUUUGCACAAAAAUCAACAGAAAUGUACAAAAUUGUAAAUUAUGCUGACAAGUUGUUAAAGGAUAAAAAAAGAAUAAAUCAUUGCAACUGAU